AUGAAAUCUCUCAGAAGACAAAGCAGCAAAGCUAAAGUCUGCUCUAUUUCUCCUAAGCCUAUUAAGGACAAAGUCUUAGGAUCCAUUUGUUUAUCAAAAAGGACGGAUGACUUGUAUCAAAAAUUUGCUAAAGAAACUCUUGAAGGUGACAUUAUUAGAGAACAAAGAGCCUGUAGGAGAGUGAAAACAUUUAAUAAAAAGACCGUCUCUUUUUGAAAAGAAAACCCAAAAGCCUCAAAAACUAUGAAGAACUUGAGUCCAGUGUUCACGAGAGAUGCUCAAUUAAGUCCAGUCUCUGAGAAGCAGACUCUCGGCCAGCAAAGAAUUUUUAAUAGGAUAUGGGCAAACUUUUGAAGCACUGUUUUUACCUUAUCUUCUUACUUCAUUCAGAGUCUUUUCAUUGAGUUUCCCAAAAGAUGUGAAUCAUUUCAGAUUUUCAUGAUUCUAACCCUUGUCUUAAUAAUUUUAUUUUAGGAAUAGGAUGAUAAAGAGAGGAUACAGGCUGGAAAAUAAAAAUAAAGGGGAAAACACUGAUAAUCUGGCUUCCCUUCUUCAGAAACUACAAAGCCUCCAACUUGUUAGAAAUGCCAAACAAGGUUUAACUUCUCCAACCAAGAUAAACAGGAACGCUCCUAACUUUAUAUCUUUGAACAAAAGGGAAAUUGCUAAAGCACUGGAAACUCGAAAGAAGACAGCUAGAAGCCCCAUAGUAUCGAGGGACAAGGUGCAUUUUCCUAAGAUCACAAAAGGUCGUAUGAGAAAAGCAUGUAAGAGUCCAUUACCAGCGCUUAAGGCUAUUUAUCUUGCUCAAAAAUAGCCAAUUUGUAUAACUUUUUGAGUACCCCAUAUUAUAUAAUUCAACG